UUGUAGCCCUGCAAAAGAUACAGAAAUUAAAUGGGUGUGCAAUUUCUAAUGCGCAUUACUUUCUUACUUCUUCUGACAUAUGGAUUAGCAGCAGCAGCACCACCACCUAUGGUGAAGCCCAAUUGUGUAGAGUUCUGUGGAAAUGUUAGUAUUCCAUACCCGUUUGGAAUGACAACAGCCGGUUGUUACUUGAACGACUGGUUCAGAAUUAAUUGCACUGGAAAGGGCAGCUCGGCUAGAGCCUUCCUUCCCAGAAUAAACAUGGAAGUGCUGGAAAUCAAUAUUACUAAUCCAUAUAGGAAUGAUUCAUACAUUUCUUUUGAGCCAAGCAUCGUUCGAGUCAAGAUGCCGAUUAUUAUUUCUUCGAAUUGUGCAAAUACGGUUCCGAGCAAUAGUAGUGUGAAUAUGAAGGGGAGUCCUUUUUACUUCUCAUCCUAUCGGAAUAAAUUUAUUUCGGUUGGUUGCAACAAUAUGGCCUUGAUGACCGGUAGUGAUCCUACGGUGCUGGUUGGUUGCAAUUCUGAUUGCGAUGGUAAAACCAUGAUAGACAGGGAAGCUAAAUGUUCGGGCUUCAACUGCUGCCAGACCACAGUCCCUUAUGGGAAUCAAGUAUUUAAUGUAACUUUCAAAAGUAAAAAUGGGAAAAAUAAGGGCAGCAAAAAAUGCAAAUAUGCAUUCCUAGCAGAAGAGGAAUGGUUUGAUUCAAACAUAACAAAUCCCUCUUACGAAGUGCCGCUUUUGGAAUACGUUCCCGUGGCGCUGGAGUGGACAGUGUCUAACUUUACUGACAUGAAUUCAACCGAGGCAGAUAGACGGAAAGUAAAUUGUUACGAAGGCAGGCAAUAUUAUUGCCGUUAUGGAUACGAAGGAAAUCCUUAUCUUAACACGGGAUGUCAAGAUAUAAAUGAAUGUGAGAAAGACAAUAGAUGUCCCAACAAGUCAGAUUGUGAGAAUACAGAAGGCAGUUACAAUUGCGACAGGGGAAAGACUCGAUCGAAGAUACUCAAGAUAGCAAUUAUAGUUAUUUGUACAAGUUUUGGGGUAUUGUUUCUACUCCUUAUUACUUGGUGGUUAUACAAAGUGAUAAAGAAAAGAAACAAAAUCAAGCUCAAGCAAAAAUUCUUCAAAAGGAAUGGUGGUUUGUUAUUACAACAACAAUUAUCUUCAAAUGAAAACAAUGUUCAAAAGGCAAAAUUAUUCAAUUCAAAGGAGUUGGAAACUACGACAGAUCAUUUUAAUGAAAACAGAAUACUUGGUAAGGGUGGACAAGGUACAGUUUAUAAAGGAAUGUUAGUGGAUGGAAGAAUUGUGGCAAUUAAAAAGUGCAACAUAGUGGAUGAAGGAAAUCUCGAACAAUUCAUUAAUGAGAUUAUCAUUCUUUCACAAAUCAAUCAUAGAAAUGUGGUUAAACUACUUGGGUGUUGUUUAGAGACAGAAGUUCCUUUGCUAGUUUAUGAAUUCAUUCCUAAUGGCACACUUUUUCAGUAUCUCCAUGAAGAAAAUGAAGAUUUUCCAUUACUAACAUGGGAAAUGCGCUUAAGAAUUGCCACUGAAAUUGCGGGAGCUCUAUCGUACUUACACUCGGCAGCUUCACUACCCAUUUACCAUCGAGACAUAAAAUCUUCAAACAUACUGCUUGAUGAGAAAUAUAGAACAAAAGUAGCAGACUUCGGCACUUCAAAAUCAGUAGCCAUUGACCAAACUCAUGUCACCACACUAGUAUAUGGUACUUUUGGGUACUUGGAUCCAGAAUACUUUCAAACAAGCCAAUUUACAGAAAAGAGUGAUGUUUAUAGUUUUGGAGUGGUCCUUGUUGAGCUUUUAACAGGAGAAAAGCCAGUUUCUUUGACGAGAUCACAAGAACGUCGAAAUCUAUCUACAUAUUUUGUUCAUUCAUUAAAAGAGAAUCGUCUCUUUGAUAUACUUGAUACUCAAGUAAGCAAGGUUGAUAAUAAAGAUGAAGUCAUGAAAAUUGCUAACCUUGCAAAAAGAUGUUUGCACUUUAAUGGAAAGAAACGACCUACGAUGCUAGAAAUCAUGAUGGAGUUGGAGGGAGUUCAAAACAUUUCACCCGUUCAACCAAAUUUUGAAGAACUUGAAUAUGUUGGAAAUGAAGAAAUGGGACCUUGGAAUGAUGUUUCUUUUCAACAACUUCAUGUUUAGAAUCAAGCACAACUUCAUCAUCAUACAUCCUACCACUUUUAUCCAUUAAAUCACUUUGAUUAAUAAACUAUGUACUUAUUCAUUUUUGUUUCAUGUUGUAAACUAUUAUCAAAUCAUAUUACUAUUUUUAAACUCCUCCUAGUAUAGUAGCAAUAAUGAUAUUAUAUCUUUGUUUGGUCU